UUACUGUUUGAAACGCACAUGUGAUUUGUUUUGUAUCAGCAGUCAGAACGCCUCCUUCUCGGAAUGUCAUCUGAAACAAGCGUAGUUUUUGAGCGUUACGCCUGGUAUGGUGCUUGUAGGCAAUAAUUUGGCGUGAGGCAACGUCGGUGAGUCGGUUUCAUGGCGUCCUUCGAAGAAGAUGUCUGCUUCUGGGAAUCGGUGGAUGUCGAAAGUGAUUUCCAAGCCGACACAGCGCUCUUCAGAGAUGCCAACUGUGAUGACAUGCUUGAAUUCAACGAGACAUUCAAGCCCUUGUGGCAUACAGAUGCUCGAAUUGCAGCUACCAUUGAUGGAACCGUUGAGAAUGAGGCUGGGUGCACAGCAGAAGCUAACACAGUUGAAGUGAAGACUGAAAAGCAGUCACCAACCGCUGCUGUGGGAACUAGUGGCACGCCAACAGAAAGAAAGAAAUGGACAGCUGACGAGGAAGCCCUUCUGUUGCAAUGCAUGGAACAACACGGAAAUAAAUGGAGCAAGAUUUCUGCACUGAUCAAGACCAAAAGCACCAUACAAGUCAAGACGCAUGCUCACUACCUCCUGAAGAAAAAUGCUCUCCAACGAAAAACUUCUGGCCAAGUCAAUGACACCUCUGUGCCUGUCGUCACAUCAAAAGGACCGGUGGCCAAACUGCCCAAGAAACAAGCAAAGAUGAAACCGCAGGCAACCUCGCGUAACGAGAAUGUGAUCGUGCUCAAGGAGGCCGAAGCCAUAGAGACCUUGAAGAACAAGUUCCCAGAGAGUGAAAUUGUCAGUAUCGACAAGUCUGCUGACGAAGAGGAUGAAAUAGACAUUGAUUGUGAUGGCACCGACGAUGUCGUGUUUUCACCGCCUGGUUCUCCGCUUCGGAAGAGUGAUGCAUUUGUCGAAGUUGCGACCCCCAAGUUGGCAACUGAUUCAUCCGCAGAAGACACAGAGAAUGAAACAAGCCCAGACAGGUUGUUGCCUGAGGGCAUGGAGAAAGGUGCAACCGCAGCUGUGACGUUUGAACCUCCCAUCGCUGAAGUUGUGCUGGACAAGUCUGCAGUUAGCAAAGACGAAAAGAUGGUUCAUUCAGAGUUUUUUUCCGGGAGCUCUUCCAAGACACCAGAAAGGUACCUUAGGAUCAGAAACUUCAUCAUUGAUGCCUGGAACAGCCAGAAGCCACGGUAUCUGAACAAGACCCAGGCAAGGCAGGGACUCAAGAACUGCGGUGACGUGAACUGCAUCGGAAGAAUUCAUGACUAUUUAGAACAGAUUGGAGCUAUCAACUUCGGUUGCCCAGCUCAGGUGACGUACCAAAGGACGAAGUAUCUGUCCCGCACAAAGCCAUUGCACAAGAGGAAAGAGCCAAGAGCAGACAUGGAGAGGCCACAGAGACGGAAAACUGCCAGCUUAGAUGUGCUUAACAUUGAUGUCAAAGGGGGCGGCGUGACGCUGGAACACGGCUCCGAGGGAAGCGUUAUCUCUCAAACGCUCGUGCGCUCAAAGCCAAAGCCAGGCCGGCAUCAGCAGAAUCCUUUCAAGCUGAUACCUUGCAGAAAUUAUGACGAGGGCCAGGAGCCAUUCAACAUUGAGGUGUCAGUGACUGCCUUUUUGCGAAUGGACAUUCAUGCACACCUUCUGAACACCGAGGUGAUUGGACUCUUGGGCGGCUACUACGAUGAGCACAGGAACUGUCUGGUCGUCUCCACUGCAGAAGCUUGCGACUCAGUUAGCACGGACCUUGAGUGUGAAAUGGACUCUGUGUCUCAGACGCAAGCCAUGGAUUCCCUUCAGGAGCUAGGCUGUGACGUCGUUGGCUGGUACCACUCACACCCGACAUUCAUGCCGAACCCGUCGGUGCGGGAUCUCACCACACAGCGCGACUACCAGGCUCUCUUCUCCAGCCAGGGUAGGCCCUUCGUGGCGGCCAUCUUGAGCCCAUUCUUGCAGUUGGACACAGCCAUUCUGCCAGCCAAGGGGCUUGCCACCCGCACCAAGUGGUGGGUCGUGCGAGAUAAUGAUGAUACGGGCCGUGCAGGAGCCGGCAUCCCAACUCUUGUGCCUUAUGCCUUCAGUGUGAAGCUCUUGAAGGCAGACCGGUCAUUUGUCCAGGACGUCGCGGCGGUGGUUCACCAGCUGGUCAACAGGGUGUCAUCCUGCCCUGCUCGGGUGGAGCUCUCCAAACCUUAUCCCUGGCGUGCCUCACUCCGUUAUUUAGACAAGAUGCUGGCCAGCCUCCAGUUUCACAUAACAAACUCGGAAACUUCAGUGGAAGAUGCUACUGAAAUUUUGCAAGCCAUUCACGCAGCCUUAACAGACACCUAGCAACUUCCAUGUGGCAUUCACAUGCAGAGCAUAAGCUAGCUUAUUUUUUCCCAGUAAUACGAGAGCUGCAUUGAUCUUGAUUGUCAUCAUCAUUUCUGUCUUUUAAGAAAAUUAAGUGCAAUGCAACCUCGUGGCUCAAACAAAUCCUCGAUGUACUAUGCAAUAUACAUCGGAGGCUUUGAGCUUUUUUUAACAAGUCAUAGAUAGUAGUCUUUCACUCCAGCAUGUGCUUACCACGAAAGCAGGAAUUAGAUAUGUGAUCUUACUGUUUGCACUAGUUGAUUAAUUUCUCGUUCUUUUUUUUUACUGUGCCCUGCUUGAGUCUGAAAGUUUCGUCUCAGCAGUUCUUGACACUACUUCAUGUACCAUUACUUAAUCCUUGAGCCAUCAGACUUACUCCAUUCAAAGGGUACAAACCUUUUCCUGGAAGCCUUUUUUUUUCUUUGGUUCUUGUUUUAUACAAUGCAUAUAUUGUUGCAAAUGAAGCACCAUUGGUUUGCUUUUUUUACAUCACUGUACUGAUUCAUUCAUUCAUUUAGUUGUAUGAUAUGCACUGGGGACUUCAACUUUGUGACCAUUUGACAACUGCAAACUGCAUGCAAAUAAUUGGUAAAAUGUUUGCUUUUGCAAAUUGCUGUCUGUGGAAAGGUGCCAAGCGGUAGUCAUGGUGCUUAGUGAUUGUAGAUAUUAGCACAACAAGGAAUACGUAUUUGCAGCUGUUAACCAUCAUUCAGCAGGUUUCUGUCACCAUUGAUUAAUCUGGUACGUUAUAAUUUUAAGGACGUCUCUUCCAAUUACAGCUGUGAAAGAGAAUAAAAAGGUUAGAUUACAGCUCUACUUAAAAAUACUAUAGAUUCGGACAGCCAUAAUGUGCUAAUUUUGGCUCGUUGGUAUAUGUAUGUAUAUAUGGUUGGUAUAUGUCUGAAGAAAACGAGUAACAGCCAUGACCUGGUAAAAAUGAAAAUAGUACUCCAACCUCUGCAGUUUCAUGUUGUGGUUUUUCAGCAUCUCACUGGGUUUUCUUAUUGGUUGUCUUGUUUUUGAGAAUCACAUAAAACUUAAAAUCAUUGUUGUCACUACAAUUAUUUUACUGUUCAAAAUGUAUAAUAAAGAUAUUGUCACCGGAGA